AUUUUUUAUUUGAUAUAACCGUUACACGUUUAAAAUUGUUGCCAUAGAUUAACAUAAGCUGCUGGUUGUUGAAUCGGUCGAAUCGUUUAUUCAUACACCUGGGUAAAGUGUGUUAUCUCGCUGGGGUCCAAUUCUAAGAAGUGGGCUCGGAUCUUGAAAGGGGUUGCGUGACACAACUUGUUUAUGUACUUAGAGCUGGUGUACGAUGGCACUACACGGGCGUCGGCGUGUCUCACGUUGCUGGCUGUAGCGUCGUGGCCUCACGCUAAUAUGUUGGAGACAAAGGAGAGUGUUUUACUAAACCCAGUCGCUGGAUACCCUUUUACAAUCCGUCUUCAACAACCACCGGGCCGUGACGAGUCGAGACCCUCAAUGUACAUGCCAUGGACCACCACAGUGCCGGUCCCCCCUCCCGUCACCUCAACGCCGUACAACACUCCCUUAGUGCCAACUAGUCUUGCCCAACCGCCUCACACAUGGACCAAGAACGAGGUUCGAGUCUGGCUGGAGUGGUGCGCGGCAGAGUUCUCAAUCGAGCCAGUCUCACCAGACAAGUUCGACAUGAACGGCAAGGCUCUCGGUCUCUUGACAAGGGCCGACUUCAUGGAGCGUGACCCCUCAUCGGGAGACCUCCUGUUUAACGCUCUACAAAGGCUCAUCGGCAAACAUGAAAUGACACCACCCUGCUCUUACUCCCCUUUUCCACAAUCCCGCCGCCAGAUGUCGCUUCGGGCUUCAGUCGCCAUACAACAUGUCCACAACUCAGCUCUGAUACAGAGCCAGGACCACAGAACCAAUGGCAUCCUUCUUCUGACGGACAGCCCGACAAGUGGCAGCGUGCAGCCCACAUUCAGCACCGACAGGCCGCACACGUCCUACAUCCCCAUCCUACCAGGGCCUGUGACGUCAUAUCCGUCCCCGCUGCCACCACAUAAAGAUCUCAGCCCUAAAGUCCACAUUCCAGGUAAGAGCGUGUUGAGUCCUGCCUUAACCAACACGGACACAGACAGUGCCUUGUCAGAUCCCGAGUCGCCCCCUGAAGGCGAUGAGGAAAUGGAAUUCCGAGAGGGGAUAGAGAAUCAUAUGCACCAAUCACAAGACUGCUCCAUAUCGCAUGACGUGUCAGCCGAUCUCCACAUGUCCCACCUCAAGAAAGGCGAAGGGGAAUGCCGGUUGUUGUGGGAGUUCAUCCACCAGCUGCUGCUGGACAACAAGUACCGGGACUUUGUCACCUGGGAGAAACAGGAUGAGCUGAUAUUCCGCAUCAUGAACCCAACUGGUCUAGCGGAACUGUGGGGGCACCAGAAGAACAGGACCAACAUGACGUACGAGAAACUGUCCCGCGCCCUGCGCUACUAUUACAAGAUGAACAUUAUCAAGAAGGUGCAAGGAAAACGACUCACAUACCAGUUUCUUCAGCAUCCUCGGAACAUCAAGAAAGGCCAGAGAGGGGCCAGACCCCACUCCGCCAGAAUCGCCCAACAGGAGCCCAAUAACCUCAGACCUCAACCAAUCAAACACGAGUCUCACAACGAGGAUGUGACUCCAGCAAGAAAAGACACUCAUUCUGUGGAUCAGACACCAAUCAGGAGUCCAGAAAUCGACCCCUUUGACAAUUACGACAGUCAGUGUGAUUUACAGCUAAUUAACGGUCGUUUGAGACCAACACUGGACGAUGACGAGGACAGAUUCGACGAUCCCGAUGACCACACGGUCCCGUAUGUAAAACAGGAAGUUAAUGUUGCGCCUGUGCAAGACGAACCGGAAGACCUGUCAAUGAAAACUCUCUACAGUAGAAGAAGGUCAGAGUCAACAGAUUACAGAAAGGAUGAAACAUUCGAAACGCACAUAAAAUUGGAAGUGGCAAGCUGACACGAAUGUUGAUCUGGGUAUUUUCUCCUUUUCGAAAAAGGAAAAACCAGGAAUGGAUUGAACACGGAAAUGGAUUCUGUUACACUGACUUCCUUCUUCAAUAGGACGAUGAUUAGGAGUCAGGUAUCUGUUGACUUGGGUCACAAGUGACAAGUAAUCCCACCGCUUCGUGAAUUCCCGCGAUUCCUCACAUAACAAUAUGCAGAUAAGGUAUCCAGGUGUGGCCUAACCGUUGCACAUAUGAUAUGGAAACUUAUUAGCACUAUUCAUACAACAUUUAGCCAUUGUAAAUACCAAACGAAGCCAUUAAAGGUGUACUUAGGAAUCAUCCGCAUAUGUUCAUAGUCUUCAGGUACAAAUACAGUGUUUCAUAGAUGCUGUGGGACUUAAGUGAUAAUUGCGAAACAUACGGAGGUGGGAAGGAGAGGGGGCACUAGAACCCUGGCCUUUUGAGACCCGAGUGUUCGAUGAUCACCUUCCCUAGAUAUGUCAGGAUCCGAAAAUUAAGGCAGCGAGGCCCUUAUUCAGCCUGAGUUUGAUUCUUAGUCGCCGACGUACCUCAAUGCGCGCAGUUUCACAAAGCGAUACACGACCAACAUCAUCAUUCCGGCAUUUCCUCCCCUACUAAGCAGGCCCUCUGUCAUA